GCGAGCUAGCAGAGAGCGAUCGCGGCCACUGCGCACUAGUCCGCCGCCUGUGCGCGUCGCUGGCUGAGCUGCACUGUUCCCGCGGCUACCGAGCCGAGCCCCGGGAAGAAGCGAUCCCCUGUUCUGUCCGCACGCACUCCCCUUCCCCACCGCAACAGGUCAGGGAAGGGCUGAGGAGACGAGGGCGCACGACCCAGGACUGGAGGAAGAAGAUCUGGAAGAUGAGCAGACUUGCCUCCUUCCAGUGACUGGCAGCAAUGGCGUUUACUGAAAGAGUCAACAGCAGUGGCAACAGUUUGUACAAUGACGAAAGAAACCUGCUUCGGAUUAGAGAGAAGGAAAGACGCAACCAGGAAGCUCACCCAGAGAAAGAGGCGUUUCCUGAAAAGAUUCCCCUUUUUGGAGAGCCCUACAAGACAGCAAAAGGUGAUGAGCUGUCUAGUCGGAUACAGAACAUGUUGGGAAACUAUGAAGAAGUGAAAGAGUUCCUUAGUACCAAGUCCCACACUCAUCGUUCGGAUGUUUCUGAAAGUAGGUUGGGAAAGCCGAAAUACCCUUUAAUUCCUGACAAGGGGAGCAGCCUUCCAUCCGACUCCUUCCACCAGUCCAUUCACACUCCUGCCUCUGCAUUAGCUCCUGUCGGUAACAUGAGCCGCAACCCAAAGACGGCGCACCAGAGAAUGGAACCAGCGCCCGUUCUCCACACCAAAAACUACAGCCCGCUGGACAGCCAGCACUUGACUCAAGAUCGCCUUGGCCAGGAGGGGUACAGUUCUAGUCAUCACAAAAAGGGUGACCGCAGAGCUGAUGGAGACCAUUGUGCUUCAAUGACAGACUCGGCUCCAGAGAGGGAGCUUUCUCCCUUGAUCUCUUUGCCUUCCCCAAUCCCCCCUUUGUCACCUGUACAUUCCAACCAGCACACUCUUUCCAGAAUGCAAGGAAGCAGCAAGGUUCACAGCAGCAGCAAUAAUAAAGGCUACUGCCCAGCCAAAUCUCCCAAGGACCCAGCAGUGAAGGUCCGUGAUAAAGAGACCCCCCAAGACAGUUUGGUGGCAGUUGCCAGCCUUGGGACAGCCCCUCCCCAGCCGCCUUCUCAGACAUUUCCACCUCCCUCCCUCCCCUCAAAAAGUGUGGCUAUGCAGCAGAAGCCCACGGCUUACGUCCGGCCCAUGGAUGGCCAAGACCAGGCUCCUAGUGAGUCUCCUGAGCUGAAGCCACUGCCGGGAGACUACCGACAGCAGAACUUUGAAAAAACAGACUUGAAAGUGCCUGCCAAAGCCAAGCUCACCAAACUGAAGAUGCCUUCCCAGUCAGUUGAGCAGACCUACUCCAAUGAAGUCCAUUGUGUUGAAGAGAUUCUGAAGGAAAUGACCCAUUCAUGGCCUCCUCCUCUGACAGCAAUACAUACGCCUAGUACAGCUGAGCCGUCCAAAUUUCCUUUCCCCACAAAGGAUUCUCAACACAUCAGUUCUACAACCCAAAACCAAAAACAAUAUGAUACAUCUUCAAAAACCCACCCCAGUUCUCAGCAAGGAACAUCCAUGCUUGAAGACGACCUUCAGCUCAGUGACAGUGAGGACAGUGACAGUGAACAGACCCCAGAGAAGCCUCCUUCCUCAUCUGCACCUCCAAGUGCUCCACAGUCACUUCCAGAGCCAGUGGCAUCAGCACAUUCCAGCAGUGCGGAGUCAGAGAGCACCAGUGACUCCGACAGCUCCUCAGACUCGGAGAGCGAGAGCAGUUCAAGUGACAGCGAGGAAAACGAGCCCCUAGAAACCCCGGCUCCGGAGGUACCGUACCCCCUCGAGAUGGUCACCUCGGAUGGCACUUUCUGUCCUUUGUCCUUUGGGCUAGAGUCUGUACUCUAUGGCUCAAAAGAGCAGACUUCCAAAGACAAGCCCAAGGUGAAGACGAAAGGCAGGCCCCGAGCUGGAGGAAGCCGAGAGCCGAAGCCAGCAGCACCCACCUCCAGUGAAAAGAAGAAGCACAAGAGCUCCCUCCCAGCCCCCGCCAAGGCACUCUCUGGCCCAGAGCCCACGAAAGACAAUGUGGAGGACAGGAGCCCUGAGCACUUUGCUCUUGUGCCCCUGACUCAGAGCCAGGGCCCAUCCCACGGCGGCGGCAGCAGGACUAGUGGCUGCCGCCAAGCGGUGGUGGUCCAGGAGGACAGCCGCAAAGACAAACUCGUGUUGCCUUCGAGAGACGCCAAGUUGCUCUCACCGCUCAGGGACACUCCUCCCCCGCAAAGCUUGAUGGUGAAGAUAGCCCUAGACCUUCUAUCUCGGGUACCCCAGCCACCUGGGAAGGGGACCCGCCAAAAGAAACCAGAAGAUAAACAGCCCCCGACAGGGAAGAAGCAGGAGUCUCAAAAGAAAAGCUCGGACAACUCAAACAAGUUGGCCAAAAAGAGAAAGGGUGAAGCAGAAAAAGACUAUGAUAAUAACAAAAAAAUCAAACUGGAGAAGGAAACCAAAUCACAGUCCUCUUCAUCAUCCUCCUCUUCCUCCCACAAAGAAUCUUCUAAGACAAAAACUCCCAGGCCCUCCUCGGAGCCCUCAAAGAAGGAAAUGCUUCCGCCUCCACCCCUGUCCUCCUCCUCUUCGUCCUCCCAGAAGUCAGCCAAGCCUGCACAUAAGAGGUCAAAGCGGGAAGCAGAUGGCUGUGGCCAGGACCCUCUCAAAAGUGCCAGUAGUACCAAGAGCAACCACAAAGACUCUUCCGUUCCCAAGCACAGAAAAGCAGAGGGGAAGGGCUCCGGAAGCUCCUCAGAACACAAAUUCAAAAUGGGUCGUAAAGCAAUGAAGACAACUGGCAACAUCACCAGUGCUCUUGGCCCGGGAACUGCUAAGGAAGGAAUGUACAGUGAAUCUUCAAGAAGUGUGGCCUUGAAGAUACAAGCUGAUUUUCACAUGAGGGAGGCAAAAAAAUUGAAGCAGAAAGCAGAGUUAAUGACAGACAAGGUUGGAAAGGCCUUUAAGUACUUGGAAGCCGUCUUGUCCCUUAUUGAGUGUGGAAUUGCCAUGGAGUCUGAAAGCCCAGCGUCCAAGUCCGCUUACUCUGUGUACUCAGAGACCGUGGACCUCAUUAAAUUCAUAAUGUCAUUAAAAUCCUUCUCAGAUGCCACCACAUCAACACAAGAGAAAAUAUUUGCUGUUUUAUGCUUGCGUUGCCAGUCCAUUUUGAAUAUGGCAAUGUUUCGUUGUAAAAAAGAUAUAGCAAUAAAGUAUUCUCGGACUCUUAACGAACACUUCAUGAGUUCUUCCAGAGUUGCCCAGGCACCUUCUCCAUGCAUUGCAAGAAGCACAGGUGCACCAUCCCCUCUCUCCCCGACGCCUUCUCCUGCCAGCUCUGUAGGGUCCCAGUCAAGUUCUGGCAGUGUGGGGAGCAGCGGGAUGGCUGCCACCAUCAGUACCCCCGUCACCAUCCAGAACAUGACGUCCUCCUAUGUCACCAUCACGUCCCAUGUCCUCACUGCCUUUGACCUUUGGGAACAGGCUGAGGUCCUCACCAGGAAGAAUAAAGAAUUCUUUGCUCAGCUCAGCACAAAUGUGUGCGCCUUGGCCCUCAACAGCAGUUUGGCGGACCUGGUGCAUUACACAAGACAGGGUUUUCAGCAGCUAAAAUAAGUAGCCGGAACACCUUAAUGGAGCCUGAAGUUGAUUCAAUGCCUUGGGAACAUUUUUUGCACAUUGGGAAGCUUCAGAAACAGCCUGGAUGUUUGUCUCAUCAGGACACCAAACUCUAGAAGAGAAGCAUCAGGAGAUGGCCAGGACAAUUGUCCGUUUAAACUUUCAAGAACUGUGCGAUCAUUGGUUUGCCACUAUGUUUAUGCAGAAGCCAAGAUGAGGCAGUCGGCCCCAGAGAUGAUCUUGCCUUUCCCCCCUGAAGGACAGAAGUGCAAUGCAGCCUAAGUGGGUGUAUGAAUGGUCUAGAAACAUUUCUUCUUCUUCUUCUUCUUUUUUUUAAACCAGCAGGAUGCAAGUUGAAAAUGGAAUGAGGAGAAGCAAUUUCAACUCUGAAAGCAAAUGCAUAUCAUCUCAGUAGCUACCUAGUCCAUUCCCAGAAGGAAAUUUUUCUAAAACAAUUAUUUUGGGUGAAGGGUUUAGGGUUUUAUGGAUGAUUUCUUUUUUCUUUUAAGUUUUGGGGGGAAAUAUUUGUUUAAUAAAUCACAGCCAUCUGUAAACUGUUAAGUUGUGAAGGACUCCACUCUACCCCACUUUCUGCCAGUGAACAGUGGCUUUGAUAAUACCAAGUGUUGUCAUUUAUAAAAUUGAAGGUGACUCCCCUCCCCAUUCUCCCGUGUUGGCUAGAGUGCUACACAUUCAGCCCAGCUCUGAUUUCCCUGCCCCUCUGCUGGAAGUCAGCCCAAGUGGGAGCAGUGGGGAGAGGUGCCACCAGCACUCGGGGACAGCUCCACAGGGGACUCAGACUGCCGCCCCGCACCGCUGCAGCAGAAGGAGCUGUCUGACAAGGCAGUCAUUGUUGACUAUAUUCUGAAUUUCCUCCCCUGGGGAAGAAGGGAACCAACAUUUAUACCUGACAAGAUGGCUAAAGUGCUUUUAAUUAUUGUUGAGAGCUGGAAUUUGAGGUGCUGAUCUGUGGUCAACAGUGACAUGAGAACUCAAGGUGUCUAACCAACUCAGUUUUGUCCGUGAACAAGAAAAAUGAAAUCUACUUCUUAGAGAGGCUAUAUUUUUCUGCUACAAAUUUAUAUUUAUAGCUAAACUAGAUUUUCAGAGUCCUUGAUUGUCUAGGGGUAAUUAACUUCCUGGGAGGAUGUAGAGAUUUAGGAUGGUUAAUUAGACUUAAAAAAAAAAAAUAUAUAUAUAUAUAUAUAUAUAUAUUUAUCUCUUCACCACAUGCCUUCACUCAGAGUGUUCUCAAUCAACUAGAUUGGCUAGGUUGAAGAAUUGUGGCCUUCCCAUAAGUUAUUGCCAUACUCUGUACAUUAAUUAAACUAAGUCCAUUUUGAAUGCCCUAAAAUGAAAGAACAUAUCAGGAUUGCCAUGUCCAUAAGCACAGAUUUUCUUCUUCAUUGAAACUUUCAAGGUUGUUAUUAGAAACAUUUUGAGUGCAGUGUUUUCAAAAGUCAAUUCUUUUCAUCCCUUUUGGAAAGAAGGAUUUGCACAUGUAUUAAAAUUCAGGAGGAGUAUCAUCUCUAUGACUGGUUCGUGUUUUCCCCCUUUACCACAUUCAUUCCCUUACACGUCUCCUACCAAGCAUGUGUCACGUUUAUUUUCAUAUGUAUUUACUAGUGAAGAGGAGAGAAUCAUCCUUAUUUAUAAUGAAGAUAUCUAAGAUCCCUGUGGUGAAUGUGAGAGCUCUUGGUAGUUUGGCAAAUCUAUAAAGAGAGCUGCGGGGUGGGAGCAGCGCACAUUGGGGAUGCCCUGUGAGGAGUGCUCUAGCAGAGAGGCCUGCCCUCGCAUGUUGAAGGUGAAGCCAGGGAAUGACACCACAGAAACACCUGAGCACGAGACCUGCUGUGAUUCUGAUGAACUGAUCCGAAAGCUGAGGUCUCUUCCUCAAACUACUAGCUGGAAAACCUGUUGAAUGAGCAGUAAUUGCCUGGUAGGCUGGAUGCUUGUGGCACCAUGUGUACAUUUUUUGUAUGCAGGGAAGGGGACAAGGCACUGGAAUAAUCAUUUGACAUUUUUUUUCCCCUUACUGUCUUCACUGUCCCUCCCUCCUUAAAACAAGCCACCUGUCGGUCACAAAGGUUUGUGUUCUUUAUGACGGGUGCUGACCUGCACAGACUGUGCCAGAGUGUGUGUCUUCUCUUGGCAAGCCACAGCGCUGCCUUGACGCAAGACGUUUCUCUGUAGAUUUCCAGCCAAUUCUAAAAGAACAGAUUGCUUCUUCAGUGGUCUUAUUCUUUGUGGGAGUAUUUUCCCCCUGAACUUUACAUUGUGGUUUUAUUUGUCCCUUGAAAAACAAUUUGGU